AUGGAUCUGGACGGGCUGCUGCUGGACGAGGAGGGGACCUUCUCCCUGAGCGGCUUCCAGGAGUUCACGUUUCUGCCAGGGCACCAGCAGCUGAGCGAGAGGGUGCGGAAGCGCUUGUAUUAUGGCUGGGACAAAGACUGUAGCCUGGACAAUCUCUCCAGCCCGGUGGCAGACAUCGCCGUCGAGUUGCUCCAGAAAGCAGCUCCCAGCCCCAUCCGCAGGCUGCAGAAGAAAUACGUUUGCCACGUGUCUCGGGAGGCCUGCAUCUCGCCCUGCUCCAUGAUGCUGGCUCUGGUUUACAUCGAGAGACUCCGGCACCGGAACCCCGAGUACCUGCAGCAGAUCUCCUCCUCGGACCUCUUCCUGAUCUCCAUGAUGGUUGCCAGCAAGUACCUGUAUGACGAAGGGGAGGAGGAGGAGGUGUUCAACGACGAAUGGGGCGCAGCCGGCAAGGUGGGGGUGCAGACCGUUAACACGCUGGAGAUGAACUUCCUGAGCGCCAUUGACUGGAGCCUCUACGCUGACCCCAAGGAGCUGUUUGAGGUGCUGAGCUGGCUAGAAGGAUGCGUGGCAAAGAGACAGGGCACCCAGCGUGGCUGGUUCACCUACACGGACCUGUGCGUCCUGCUGGAGCAGUCCCUCUGGCAGCAUGCCCUGGGCCAGUUCUACCAGCAGGUGGCGAAGCUGGCCUGCUUGCUGGGCGUGAUGUACUUGACCGGCAUUGCUGCCGUCUUCGCCUCUGUCGUUGUGGUGCACCAGGUCGUGUGUGUGAGGAGCGCCGGCCCCGCUGCCCUCCGGCCUCUGCUGUUCCCCAUGGAUGGUGGGCGCCCGCUGGGCUCUGGGGCACCCCUCGCCCCCUGUGUCACUCAGCUGCCAGAUCCUGGGCUGGGGCUCCCUGGCCCCCCUUCCCCCUCCUGCUCCGAGAGCAGCUCCUGUUGCCUGGUGGAGAACGAGACGGUGGAGGAGCAGCGCCGCCCUGGUGGUGGGGUGAGGGCGACGGCACUGUACCUGUGGGGCAGCGUGCUGACGGCGCUGUCCUACACGGAGGCCCCAGGCUCUGCCAUCCAGACUAGUCCCCGACAAGAGCCCCCCCUCUGCCCAAACUGCCUGAAACUCCGCAGCGGGCGCAGCACCUGUGAGAGAUCCAACCGCACGAGCCCCAGCAGCCCCUUCACCCAGCCUGCCCCCUUUGGACUCGGCCGGGGCCCCGCUCGCCCGGCGCUCUGCUGCAGUGGCUGCUCGCCCGGCCCCAGCUGGGGCUGGCAUCCGUCCGCAGCCCUCGGCCCCCAGGACUGGCCCGACCCCCUGGCGCUGAAGCAGUGCUCCUUGGAGGCAGCCAUGGAUCUGGGCAGAAUCAAGAGCUUCAUCUUCCCCAGCUAG